AUGACCCAACUAUUAUCUUUAUCUAAUUUAUUAUUAUUACAUAUCAUAACAGAUAUUGAAGAUAAUGUAGAUAUAAUAUGUUUGCUGUUAACUUGUAAAAAGUUGUACAGUCAAAAUAGUAAUAGUUUAAGAGGAUUGAUUAGAUUUAAAGGAUUAGAAGCAAUCGAUACUUACAAGAGAGAGAUAUCAGAACGGUUUAAAGCAACAAUCAAUCAAUUCAAUCUAUCAUCAUUUAAAGAUAUAUUAGAGAAUAGUAUAUCAGAUCAAUGUGUCAUUUUAAAAGACAUUGGUAAUCUCGAUGACUAUCCAAAAUGGGUACAACAACGCAUCACUACAAAUAACAGAGUUGACAAGAGUAACAUUAAAACAGUUUUGGUUAGAGAUUAUAAAACUACGUCACUUCCGUCUAUCUAUGAAGAGAUACCAUCAAUCGAGACAUUAAUCAUUGACGGCCCUACUGAUUAUGCAGUUGUUGAUCUUACCUCUAUUUCACUCUUGCACCAUCUCCAACAUCUUUUAGUUUGUGCGCACCAGCUAGAAUUAGGUCCACACACAACACUCAAGUCUCUAACACUAGAAAACGGCAAUACGUACCUUCUUGACUUGGGAUUAGAUACAUUCGUAUCGCUGACAGAGCUGACGCUCAAGGAUCAUUGGGCGUCUGGACUGGAACAAGGUCUCUUACCAAGCAGUCUUACAUCACUCACUCUAAGAAUGAUGGAUAUACCUCCACUGGAUACAUUCCUUUCAUUGACAUCACUAGUUAAACUAGAUAUAGAUAUGAAAAGGGUGACAACAAACAAUGAAGACAAGGAAGAUCUGUCAUCCAUCAAUCUCGAAAGUUUGACCAACCUCAAGACACUUACAAUCAGAGACCAAAGGGGAGAUAGAGACAUCAACUACGAGAUUAUUACACCCCCGUCAAUCAAGAUACUCACUCUCUCGUCUAAUUGCCUACAAAUCCCACUGAGAUGUGUCAUACCACAUUUGGAGGAAUUCAAUGUCCGUCAAAACCUAUUGAUCGAUGGAAAAGUUAAUAUGUAUCCAUCGAUAAAGAAACUCGUUAUAUACAAUUUCUAUGAACCCUUGCCAUCUAAUAUCGUCAUCCCAUCGACUGUCGAAAAGCUAAACAUAUAUAAAAUCAAAACUCGAGAUAAUCGAAACGUCAAUAUACUUGGACAGGUUGUAUUCCCACCAACACUCACUCAUCUAAGAAUCUCUGGAGACUGGGAGCAUGUUAUCCUACCAGAAUCACUCAUCAAACUAAAUCUGACAUUUGACCAAGCUACUUCAAUCUCAAUUGGCCACCUCGUCCAUUUGAAACAUUUGGUUUGGAGAUCAUGUGAUUCAACAUCUCUAGUGUUGCCAUCCUCCUAUCCACCCAAUCUUGAAACACUCGAUAUCAUCGAUAUUGCUGAUGCUGAUAUUAUUAAUACGAUUGACUACAUACCACCAACCAUCAAAAAUUUGUCUAUACGUUUGACAAAACCAACAGACAAACAGAUUUUAGAGACACAUGGUUAUCCUAUCUUUUCAAUUAGUUCAAGAGUCAAAACAACCAAUAAUCAAUCACAACCACAGCAACAACAACUGUGGUUACCAUCCAAUAUAACUCAUCUAACUUGUUUAAUAUUGAUUGAAUCAAGGGCAGCAUUUAGAUUGGAUGAAAUAAUCAAUCAUACCAAUGUUAGAUAUUUAUCUUUAGAUACAUACACUACAUCUUUACAUUUUACAAUUCAAAGAUUGGACAAUAACAACAACAAUGUAUUGAUAUUGGAAAAAGAUACUCUUCAAGGUGGAAUAAUCACUCAAAGAAUAUCAAUCAACUCCCAACAACAACAACAACAAUAUGAUCCAAUUUAUUUAUAUAUAAAUAAAUCCAUUUUCUCUCCAUUAUUAUUUCAUUGGAGAUAUGAAUCGAUGAAUGACAAUUAA